CAAGACGAGUCAGUGCUUUCCUGUGCUACGACGACUCCGUGUCUCCGCGAGCCUUCCCGCAUUUUGUGUUCACUUGGUGCUCAGCCGCUGUUCAGUCGUGUAUUCGGGUAUAUUCAUCAUCGUAUCCCAGUAUCAGUACGGCAUCGGCCAGUCUUCGCCGGUGUCUUCGCCGAGGACACGUUCCUCUCUCGAAAUACGUGCUUGUUCCACUUCUUCCACUGUGUUGUGCGCCGAGAACGAACGAUCGGGAGAAAGUGCAAAGUAGGACGGUGAGAAGGGAUAUAUGCAGAAGUAGAGCGAGCGGAUAAAGCGAGACCCCGAAUGCGGAGAGAUCGACUCUGAAUGAUGCCGGGCCGCGCACGAACGAAAGCGAAAGGAGAGGCCGCCGCGGCCGCCGUAUUGUGUGUAUCGCGAAUAGGCCGCACGCGAAUACCUAUCGAGAAGCGCGCGCGGCGCGGCUGUAUCCGCGAUGUCCGUGUGUUCGUCCGUGUUCGACGCGCAUCCGUGCGACGGAUAGAAAGAAAAAGAGAGAGAGAGAGAGAGCGAGAGAGAUAGAUAGAGGAGUCGGCGUGUAUUCCGCGCUGGGACAACAUCUCUCAGCGCGGGGAUCGCGCGUGUGCGCGAGGACAGCCUGUUUGCGUGGUUCUUCGCGAUAUAGUACGCGUAAUGUUCACCGCGAAUGAUUAUGAUGAGCGGGUGGCUGGUAGAUUUUUUUUCACCAUGUGUGUGCGCGCAUACACGACUGCGACGAAGACAGCGCUCUGCGAUGAUGGCUGGCGACGGCGGUUUAGCCGCGCGCCGCUUCCGGAGAAGCGGAGAGAAGAGAACGGAGCGGAAAGGAAGGGAUCUUUUUCGGCCGGACCUGGACGGCCAUACGUGCGUCUUUGACGUCGACGACUGAGGCUACCUGCGUUUGGUAGACGGAUUACCCGGGGACAUAAGGGACAAAAGGGAUAGAUUUAUUAUUUCUGCAUAAGCGAGAGACCGUUACGAGUUUGGAAAAUGGAGGGGAGUGGCACCGGAAUUAGUAGCAGGCUCGAUUGCUACGAGGAUAUGUUUAAAGAAAUUACAAGAAAACUCUACGGAGAGGAUCCCGAUCAUAGAACGUCGAGCGUGCAGAACGAAUUUGAGGCAUCAGUUUCGUACAAAAACGAUGAAGAUACUGGAAAUGGUACAGACUGCAGUGACGACGGAAAUUGGGCGUACGAAGAGGAACCGCUCAAAGGAACUGAUGGAAGUCGAAUUGCGGCUUAUCAUGCCGGAAAAACUACGUGGCGAUGUGAUGAAUGCGGGGAUGUCAUGGGAGGUGGGCCGCGUGAAAUUGCUGAACAUUUUAUGGAACUGCACUCCUCAAGGAUCCUAGCAGACAACGGUAGGAAUAGGCACCAUUCGCCACGCAAAGAUUAUUUACAAGCAGAUCUUAAAAUGGAAGACGUAGUAAUGUAUUUAGAGAGACUCCGUGAACGCGCCGAACGAGCGGCACCUCCCUCUAGAAGAACUCAAGAAACACAGACCGUACCUGCGGCUUUACUGCCAGUCACUUCGAGCUUUCUCCUGCAAGAUCUGCCAUCCGUUCCUGCGCCGCAGCAUUUGCAACAGAGCACAACUACGAUGACAACUUCUGCCACGGCAUCCGUGAGCGGUAAACGCUAUACUUGUCCGUACUGCCCUUACGGAACUGAUAGACGCGAUCUCUACACAAGACACGAGAACAUCCACCGCGAGGAGAAACCGUUUCAUUGCUACGUCUGCUUCAAGCCUUUCAAUCGCGCCGAUCAUGUAAAGAAGCAUUUCAUGAGAAUGCAUCGCGAUCACGCCUACGACGUCUCGAGAAUACGAAGACCGGUGGGAACGAGUGCACCGAAACCAUUGCAACAGGACACAACGACGACGCAGACUGCAGCGAUAGCCAACGCGAGCAGUCAGCAGCAACCGCAGCAGCAACACAUCAAUUGUCAAUCUACUUUCGCUAGCAAUAAAAGUUAUCAGUUACAGCCCAAUGUCGCCUCAUCGAGUACCGGUACCAUCGGUAUUUAUCAAACGACAACCAUGCCCGCGCCGGGAGGAAUCAUGCAACUCGACACGAGUAACUGCAACACAGGCAGACGUGUGCAAAACGGCGGGUGCAAUAGCAAAAGUCAUCUUAAAGGUGGCUCCAAGAGCUCGCAAGAACGAAGGUACACUUGCAACUACUGUUCAUGGAGCGGAGUCGAUAAUUGGUGUUUGAAGCGGCAUAUAAACACUCACACGAAACCUUUUGCAUGUAGUUUGUGCGAGUACAAAGCAGCACGCGCCGAACGGCUUUCGACGCACGUGCUCAAGGUACAUAAUAGAAGACAGUGUUCGAGAUGUUCGUACCUAGGUGAAGACGCGGCACAAUUACAGAUACAUCAGUUGCACGUUCAUCGGGUCAGCAGUGCAAGCGCACCAUCGACAUCGACCGCUCAAACAGCACCGCCGCCGAGCAAUCGGCAUCAGCAACCUCUACAUCCCGUGGGAGGAGGACGACCCCCACCUGGACCACCAGUCUUUCCUGCACCAACUCCAGCGAUCGCACCUGCUACCACUGUAAUACCGCCAAGCACUAUACUUGGGUCUUACAGUGAUAUCGCAAGAAGUUACCUGGCACUAGCUUCUUGGAAGGAAGAGUUCGAGGCCCGACUUUCGAAACCGUGCCAGUCACAAAAGUCUGUACCUGCGUACAGACAGAACGAGAAGGAAAAUCGACAAAAGCCGUACGAGAGGCGAAGGAAGCAGAGUCAACCGAGACAGAUCAAAUGGCACUGGGAUUCGCCGAGCAAUCCAAUACCUGCCUUAGGCGUACGAUUUGGACAAGAUUUAACAAAUAUUGAUAAACAGUUAAACCGACAAAAAAUUAGUGGUAAGAAAGUAAUAAUCACACGACGUGAUCAGAAGUCGACACGACAAAGAAUGUUCAAAUGUUAUUUAUGUCAAAGAUGUUCACCCGCCCGAGGAAUGAGCCGUCGUCCAUAUCACACUAAAGUAUCGCUGAUCCUUCACAAAUUAUGGCGACAUAAACGGCAAUCUUAUCAUAUCAACAAUAAUACGUCAACCGUGAGUUUGCCAUCCGUUUCCUCGAUUACGCUGAAGGCCACGUUUUUCACCAAUCCGAAUUUUAGAUAUCAUAGAUAACAGCAAGGAAACCUAGGAAUGGCCCUAAAUGUAUAAAAUAAAUAUAAUAUAAAUAGAGUUCAAUUUUUUUGCAUAAAUUGUAAUCUUUUUCAAAGAAACUCUAGUCGUUCAAUUUGAGUUUUGAGAUAUCCGUACUUUUGUACUUUAUUAAUUCUCUCGUCGUUGAUUUUGUCGAUUUCAUCAGCUUCUUCCUCGUUGCGAGAAUACCUUGAUUUAUUGCAGAGAUAAACUUCGCACUCACACACACAAGAUGUCUAUGUCAGUAACAUAACAGUUUGUGUGCUCGUAAAAAAAGAAAAUUAUAAGAAAUCACAAUUAAGUAUGUAAAAUAUUAAACAGCGCUUUUGCGCAUUGACUUUCUCUUCGAUAAUAUCCAGGAUUAAAGAACUUCAUUGAUCAGCGCAAAAUUUUCUAAUAUACAAAUAAAUCAUCAAAUUUUAUAUCAAAUAUAAUAUGAGCGCUG